GCAAGAUCGGGGGAUCCACUCACACACUGGAUGGAGACAAGAGACAAACACCACAGAAGAAUGAACAAUGAACCUGACUUGUUUCAAUCAGAUACACACAUUCUCAGCUGGUGGAAAGAUAUAAAGUGGAGCACAUUUACAGGAAGUCCAGACUUGGCGUGUAUUGUCGAAUUGCAGAAGGUGAACGCGUCCGUAGUUAUUGAUUAGUGGUGGCCCUUUGGGAUUUGUGAAUCUCCGCCGAUUGAGCUUAAGACCGGGUGGACAUUGUGAUUAGAGUCAAGCAUGAGAUUUCACACUCGGGUGACCGAAGUCAGGCGAUGCGCUUGAGCCGUCCGUCGGUCGACAAUAAUUCAGUACUGGCACCAUUCUGGCAAUUACCAUACGAUUCCAAUGGCUGAGCACGACCUACUUUCCAGUGUUCACGGGACAAGGCGAGUUUGACACAUGGGUAUGAUGAGGCAAACUAGGAAGCGGAUCAUUUGGAUCGCAUCCAUUUUUGCUAUCUUUAUAGUGAUAUACUUGAAGUAUGACAAGACAGAGUCCUCCAAGCUUUUCCCAUUCGAUGCCAAUCGAGAUCUUAGACGGUCCCAAGACCUCGUGGACGAAUCAGAUGUGGCCAGACACCUGAAAUCAGAUUCCAAACAAUCUGAGUACAUCGAUAAGAAGGGUAUGCAUGUGGUCGUGGGGCGUUAUGUGGGUGAAUCCAUGGACAAGGACCAAAAGUUCACCCAAAACGAACUGAACGCAAACAGGUACAAGCCUGUGGAUGGAGUAGGAGAGCAUGGAGAGCCAGUGUACCUCAAGGAUUCGGAGACCAUCCAAAGCAAGCGACUCUGGCACAUCAACAAGUUCAAUAUCAUGGCCUCGGAUCGAAUAUCCGUGAAUAGGUCCGUCCCCGAUGUUCGGAAGUCUGUUUGUGUCGAGAGGAAAUACGAAACCGAUCGGCUGCUGGAUACCAGCGUGGUGAUUGUGUUUCAUAACGAGGCCUGGUCCACCUUGAUGCGGACUGUUCAUAGUGUCAUCAAUCGAUCUCCAAGGGAGAAUCUCCGGGAAAUCAUCCUCGUGGACGAUGCGUCCAAUAGAACAUUUCUCCAAAGGUCAUUGGACCAAGAUGUCCAACACCUGUCAGUGCCCGUAAAGGUGGUUCGGACCGGGUCCAGAGUGGGCCUCAUUCAAGCCAGGCUCAUGGGAGCCAAGGUAGCCAAAGCAAAAGUGCUCCUUUUCUUGGAUGCUCAUUGCGAAACCACACCUGGGUGGUUGGAACCACUUUUGGCCAGGAUUCAUGAGUCCCGAACGGCCGUGGUUUGCCCGGUGAUCGACAUAAUCAGUGACGAUAAUUUUAGUUACGUCAAGGCGUUUUCCCUUCAUUGGGGGGCCUUCAAUUGGGAGAUGCAUUUCCGGUGGUUCACCAUGAGCAAGAACGCCUUGGAGCAAUACAAGCUCGACCAGACAGCGCCCUAUAAGACCCCGGUGAUGGCGGGGGGCUUGUUUGCCAUUGACCGAGACUACUUCUACGAGCUCGGCUCGUACGACCCUAAAAUGGACAUCUGGGGAGGAGAGAAUUUGGAGCUCUCGUUCCGAACUUGGAUGUGUGGCGGCUCCGUCGAGAUCGUUCCGUGUUCUCAUGUGGGGCACAUCUUCCGGAAAGCCAGCCCCUAUGACUUCCCCCGUAAAGGUGGUGUGGGGGCUGUGUUGCAUACAAACUUGGCUCGAGUGGCAUUAGUAUGGAUGGACGAUAUGGCCGAAUUCUUCUUCAAAAUCAAUCCUUUCGCCAACAAGGCGUCCAAAGCCCAAGAUGUCAGUGAGAGAAAGGCUCUUCGGGAAAAGUUGCAGUGCAAAGAUUUUGCUUGGUAUCUUGAGAACGUCUGGCCGCAGCACUUUUUCCCGACAAAGGGACGAGAACUGGGCUACUUUCAGCACCGCACCUCCGGCCAAUGUGUUCAAAAGCCAUUCCACGGAUCCAGUGGAAGCAACCAACCCAGUGGUUCUGCCGUCUUGGGCGAAUGUUUCUCAAACUUUGCUCUGAACCAAUUGGUGGUCAUGAGCCAGGAAGGCUUCAUCAUGGGAGACGAGAGCGUUUGCUUGGAUUCGCCAAUGGCCCACGAAGUUGAUGCCACUGUUCGUUUCCAGGCUUGUGUAGAAAUUGAAAGACAAAAAUGGUCCUACGAUCGAAGCCGGAGAGUGUUGGUCCAUGUCAAAAGCGGCAAAUGUUUGAGCCAUCCGACUGCGGGCACCAGUGACGUGCUCACACUUCAAGACUGUAGCGGGCGUUCCGACCAGCAAUGGGUUUUCAAUCCGGAAAAGUGGCGAGAUGACGCAUAAAUAACUGAACAACUUUCUCAUAGGUCUGUGACUUUUUAACCAAAGAUUUGUAGCAAAUAUAUAACAAACCAGACAAUUGCUUGGUCUACCGAUGUCUUAUUUGCCAGGCCCUAAAAGCGUGACUGAU